UUUGUUUUCGUAGUUUUCGUGAGCCGUGACAGAAUAUUAUUUUUUUUUAAUUUUUACCGCGUGUGUUUGUCUGGAUAAAUUAUAAAUAGAUGUCUCAAACAUUCAUUUUUAAUUAUACAAAUAAUAUCUCAUCCAAUUUGUGAUUGUAAAAUCAAAAAGUUAUGUUUUUAUUGGUUUCAUUCAUGUGUUUUGUACAAUUGUACAGUACCCGGCGAGAUUGCAGUAGAUAUAUUAUUAUAUGACUGGAUUAACUACCUCGAGAAAACUUACACCUCAAAACACAAUCAUUGGUCUAUAGGAGACUGGAAUACAGGUGUCGUAUACAUUCCAAGACUGAGUGAUCGAGGCUACCCACGUCCAUUGAUCAAGUUCUCUUUUCUAAGUUCCAACUUAUACAGAUAACUGUCUACUGAUAAGGCUAACUUUAAUAUCCUACUUGUAAAAUUGGUCUUGGUGGUUGCACUUUUAUAUUAAUUAUUUUAACUUUAUUUUUGAUAAUAAUAUAUAACACUAAAAUUUAAAAAUGCAUAAGUGUAGAGUGUGCUUUAAUACAUAUAAUAACACCAAGGUCAAUCGUCCAGGAGUUAUUUAUCAUGGAAUUCCCAAAAAUGAAUACAUGAAAAGAAAAUGGCUUCAAAUUUUUGGAAUUGAUCGUUGUCAUGAUUGGCAACGUAUAUGCAGUGAUCAUUUUUUAGAAGAAAACUAUAAGCCAGGAAAAAAGCGAUUUUUAUUUUCAAAUACUAUUCCUCAACCUUAUGAUCGAAAUGGUUUUAAUUCUAAUUAUGCUACUCAAAGAAAUGAUGUUGAAACUGGUAAUAAUGUCAUUUUACCAAUGGAACAAAAUAUUAUUAAAGAGGAACAUGUUGGAUAUGCUUUUAUAAAUAAUUUUAAAUUACCAAGACGGUCAUCUAGACUUAUUAGAAACAACGAGGAUAUGAGUAAUAAAAAUAUGCCGGACCAUACUUUAGGAUCUGGAUUACGAUGUUCCGUUAAAAACUGCUUUAACUGGUUUUCAAAGAAUCUUAGUCUCUUUGGCUAUCCAAAAAAUUUCAAGCUAAGAAAAAAGUGGAUAGAAAAAUGUGGAGUAAAAAAAGAUCCUGCUAAAAUAGUUAUAAGUGGAACAAGAGUUUGUAGAACUCAUUUUAAACUCGAUUGUUUCAAGAAUCCUGAAUUAAAGAACAGAUUAAAACCAGGCGCGGUUCCAUCAUUAUUUUUAGACAAUGCACCUAAUGCUUUGCCAGUGUCAAUUAAUGAGGUGCCUGUAUUAAGUACAUGUGAAGAUCAGUUUAUAAGUCCAAUAGAUAAUGAAGCUGCUGAACAAUCGUCAGAAAAAAAAAAUAACAACGUAAAAGAUAAUGCAGAUGAUACUUCCAUGACAACUGAUGAUUCAUCUAACAAUUCAUUGUCCAUUACUUUGGAACCAAUUGAGAAAAGAACCUCACAAUGUAUUAUAAUGGAUGUUUGCAAUACUGAAGAUUUUACAAGGGAUGAACACGGGUUUAUUUUUGAAAUAUCUAAGGAAGUUGUACUUCCUAGUGUAUAUUGGAAGAGUGAACAUCUUAAUACACAUAAUGCAAAAGGGUUUUAUCAACAAGACACUAAUGAUGUAACUGUGAAGACAGUUAAUUUUUAUAAUAACCUUGUGCCAACUAUACAAAUAUAUGGCAAGAAAUACGAAAUUAUGAAUUAAUAUAAAUAUUGUUACAUAAAUAGUUUUAAUAUUAAAUACAAGACAGUUGUAUAGAAAAUACC